CGCAUAUCAAACUGUACCCACUGCUGCGCUCAGCCCAGCUAAAUUGCCAACUAUGUAGUUCGACCAGCCUGCUCACUCACUGACACCGAGCGGCACACGCGAGCAGCCGCUUACUUUCGGCCUUCUGACGGAAUGACACGUAUUACCAGGGAUAUUUCGACUCAGGGGCUCGGUUGAAGAGAGUGACCCUGUCCGGCAACAACAACAUCAGCUGGCUAACUAGCUAACAGGCGUUAGCAACCGACCGCUCAACAACUGUCACACCGGAAAGGCCGCUGCUGCCGCCGGGUGGGAUUUAACUUUCUCCGAAACGAACCAACAUAAAAAUCACUGUCGACACUGAGACUGGUAUUUCAUAUCGGUAAGAAUGGAUUCUUCUCUGGCAUCGUACGAGGAGCAGUGCUUGGGAACUGUGAGAGGUCAGGAGCUGAGGUCAGGCCACAAGGAGCCCAGGCUACUGUCACUAAUUGAGCGCAGUGGAGAUUUUGUAUUGUGUGUGUUGGCCACCCCUGACGCUGUCGUGUCUCGUCCAGUUGCUCAGCUCUCUAUACCCAUCAAUGGUAACUUUGAAAUUGUACGAGAAGCCGAAGAAGCUCUUCUUAUUGACUUCUCUUUAGAUGCUUUUGUUCGAUUACGAGUAAGAGGUGAAAAAGCUCCAGAGCUGCUGUUGGAACUGCAGGAUGACGAUCGGACUCAGACUUUCUUGGCCCAAGUGAAGAGUGCACAGCAACAAGUUCAGUCCAAAGUCACUAAACCAAAAACGAUGGAGCCCCUCGCCCCAACAACUCCGAGAGGUCCAGUCCCCAUCCCGCCACAAAGAGCAAACAAACCUGUUAACUCUGUAGGCGAUGGACUUCACCAAUCUAAAUCUACAGGUGCACUGCCUUCCAACCUCUACAAUAGCACUACAACAAAUCUGAAGAAGACAGAUCCGGCUAAGUCCCUUGCUUCAGAUUUUGGCUUUGAAGAAAACUUCAACCAUGUUCUCAAAGUGGAAGAAAAGAAGAACCACCAGAAUCGCUUAGUUGCCUCUCGUGAGCCUCCUCCGGUUCCCCCUCUACCUCCUCGCAAGGCCUCUUACACUCCAACUAACCCUCUGCCUCCUGCACCAAUCCCUAAAGAGAGAGCUGUGUCUAUACAGGCCAAAGAGAACUCCCUUAACACUAAACCAGAUAGUUUUAGACCAGGGUUUGAACAUGUGGACAGGCCACCAUCUUGGUGUGAGAGCCCCACCACCAACACCAUGAGACAGUCCAUGUUGUCCAGCCAGGCGGGGCAAAGAGAAUAUCUCAUCAAACAUCGUCUUGGGAAGAAGGAGAAUGAGUAUGUGGACAUCCAGACAUUUAGGUUUUUCACAGGUACGUGGAAUGUGAAUGGCCAGUCUCCAGACAGUAGCCUUGAGUCGUGGCUCUCCUCUGACGCAGAGCCUCCUGAUAUAUAUGCUGUGGGUUUUCAGGAAUUGGACCUUAGCACUGAGGCUUUUUUCUACAUGGACUCAUCCAAGGAGCAGCUUUGGGUUGAAGCUGUGGAGAGAGGUUUGCACCCAAAAGCAAAGUAUAAGAAGAUUCGGAUCAUACGGCUCGUCGGGAUGAUGCUUGCGGUCUUUGUCAAAAAGAAUCACAAAAAUCACAUCAAGGAAAUAGCCGCAGAGCAUGUGGGGACAGGAAUCAUGGGGAAAAUGGGGAACAAAGGAGGUGUGGCAGUCAGGUUUGUCUUCCACAACACUAGUUUCUGCAUUGUUAACUCACAUCUAGCAGCACAUGUGGAAGACUUUGAGCGCCGCAACCAGGACUAUAAAGACAUAUGUGCCCGCAUGACCUUCCACUUGCUGGAAUAUCCCCCUCUCGGUAUCGUCAAGCAUGAUGUGGUUAUCUGGGUUGGAGAUUUGAAUUAUCGUUUGUUCAUGUACGAUGCCGCUGAGGUCAAACAGCACAUUGCUCAGAAUGAGCUAAAGAAGCUUCUGGAGGUUGAUCAGCUUAACAUCCAGAGGCAGACGAAGAGAGCCUUCACAGAUUUCAUGGAGGGAGAGAUCACCUUCAUUCCCACGUACAAGUACGACCCCAAAACGGAUCGAUGGGACUCGAGCGGGAAGUGCCGUGUCCCGGCUUGGUGUGACCGAAUCCUUUGGAGGGGCAACAAUGUCAAGCAGCUGAAAUACCAAAGUCACAUGGGGCUGCAAACAAGUGACCACAAACCUGUCAGUGCUCUCUUUAGUAUUGGGGUGAAGGUGGUAAAUGAGCAGCGACACAAAAAGGUGUUUGAGGAGAUUGUGCGAGCAAUGGACAGAAUGGAGAAUGAUUUCCUUCCCUCUGUGUCUCUGAGCAGGAGAGAGUUUUCAUUUGAGAACGUAAAAUUCCGACAGCUUCAAAAAGAGCGUUUCCUGAUAUCAAAUGACGGUCAGGUUCCCUGUCAUUUUGCCUUCAUACCCAAACUCAAUGACUCACAAUAUUGCAAAACGUGGCUACGUGCUGAGCCAAGCGACGGAUUCUUGGAGCCCUCUGAGACCCUGGAGAUCUAUCUGGAAGUGUAUGUCAGUAAAGACUCUGUCACGCUGCUCAACUCCGGAGAGGAUGCCAUAGAGGACAUUCUGGUGCUUCAUCUUGACCGUGGCAAGGACUACUUUAUUACCAUCUCUGGCAACUACCUGCCCAGCUGCUUUGGCACCUCGCUGGAGACUCUGUGCCGCAUGAAGAAGCCCAUCAGAGAGAUCCCCAUCACCAAACUCAUUGAUCUGGGAGAAGACAGCUUCAUGGAGAAGGAAAGAUCUAAAAUGAACUUCCUGAUGGUGGAAGGUGCAAGUACAGAGGACAAACCUCUUAAGAUCCCCAAGGAGGUGUGGAUUCUCGUCAACCACCUCUUCACCAAGGCCUGUGAUCAGGAGGACCUGUUUCAGACACCAGGCCUACAAGAGGAGCUGCAGAGCAUCAUUGACUGUCUGGACACCAGCAUCCCAGACUUCCUCCCUGGUUGUAACCACUCUGUAGCUGAGGCUCUGUUGAUCUUCUUAGAGGCCGUGCCGGAACCAGUCGUGUGUUAUGAGCUGUACCAACGGUGCCUGGACUGCUCUCACGACAGUCGCCUCUGCAAACAGUUGAUCUCCCAGUUGCCCCGGGCUCACCGCAACGUGUUCCGCUACUUAAUGGCCUUUCUGAAGGAACUCCUCAAGCACUCGCACAACAACAACCUAACAGCCAACCUCAUCGCUACCCUCUUUGCCAGCCUCCUUAUCCGACCACCUCCCAACUUGGUGGGCAGGCAGACGUCGCAUGAACGGCAGAAAGCCAUCGACUUUGUUCUUGGUUUCCUCAUGUCGGCAGAUGAGGAGUGAACGAGGUCUUUGUAUCAGUCGGCUUUGGGAGUUGGUAUUCGACGUGGCCUCCUUUUUUUUUGUCACUCGACCUGGACCUGCAGGAUUGUAACAUAAUGCACUUUGUACUUUUACCAUCUUUUGGAGACCGGUGCAGCUGUCGUGCACCAUACCUUCUCACACACUCAUAUUGGUGGAAGCCCAGACUUUUUCUUUUAGCGCUGUGAUGACUUUGUCAAGUGUCAUAUCUUCUUUCACAGCACGACCACUCGCUGGAUUUUUGGAGAACUGAGCAGAGGUUUGGACUGAUGCCUAUGCACUUUUAGAUGACCUAAAGGUUCCUGUCCACAUCCACAGCGGACCUUUCUUAUUGUAGGGGAUCAUACCAAAACGACCCCCUAAAUAGUGAGUGGUGUGAAUGUCAAAAACCUAUGUAUCCAUAGAUGGUAAGGAAAAGACUCCAUGACACUAAAGAAAAAGUAACUUUUGAUUUAAGAUGACUGAAUUCAACUACAAGAGUCAGCUACAACAUUAAAACCAGGGAUCUUGAUGCUGUGGCUGAUCUGUGCUCCCUGAUUUUAAACAGUUAAAAUGUGGAACUCCAUUACUAGGAAUAUUUGAGCUUAUGAUGAAUCAUGACAAUCAUUUACUUUGCAGCAUUGAGAUAUCCAAGAGCAUUACUUUUAUGAAUUUUAACUGUUAUUUAUAUAAACCUAGUUUCCCCAAGUUUGCAUCAUAUGAACCCUCUUAACAGUUUCAUUGGUCUAACGGUUCCUGCUUUGCUCAUAAGUUUCUAUGGAAGCAUUAAUCACGUUUAUCGCCAUGUUAUAGAGAACUCUGGUGUGUGUGUGCUGUGUUUAUCUGUAACUUCUGCUGUGAGCCUUACAUCUUGUUAUGCCAGUUUCCCUCUGAGUUACAAAACCAAGUGUUUGAACACACUCACUUCCUUGUCAACCAGAAUUGACUGGAGAGUCACCCUCUGUGGUUCUUAAGUGUCUUAAAUGGUGUAAAUACUGCUGUGAUUAUUCGGUAUGGUCAUGGUGUCUACAGUCUGUCAUGUUUGUCAUGAAGGUGGUAUGUAUUGUUGAGCUCUGUGUUUAUUUACAUGUCUCUUUCCCCCCCCCCAUCAUCAUUCAUAGUUUCAUGCACGUGUGAUGCCAAGACUCAGCUGCUGUGUUCUUCACAGUGAAUUCACAGGAGUGGAUAUGUAUUUAAAGUGUUGCCGUUGUCUUUGUGCAAGAUUUAAUGGCUCAUUAUUUUGCAGAGAUAUUUCUGUAGUCGCUGUUGUGAAACACGUCAGUUAUUGAAAUAAGGAACUCCUGUGCUGCAAAAUACUGAAUAGUAUUUCCUCUGCAACUACUUUUCCAAAGAGAUGACAAAGAUAUUCAGAAUUGUGACAUUAAUUUACCAGGCUCAGCAUUUUCUGCAACGUAGUGAUGCUGGAGGAAGCCCAGAGGACAUGUUAUGUGACAGUACUGACAAUCAUGGCAGUGAAAAGGAGAAGCCUGUUCUUCUGCCUUUGCCACCAGAACACUACAUUCUCCCACUGGUCUAAACUGCAACAAGCUUUGCCAAAAUGAGGUUAAGGUGUUAAAUAAUUCAGAUUUGGGAGAGUCAUAUGCAUAUUUCAAGUCCCCCCCCCCCCAUUUUGUCUUCAGAAAUACCACCCUCAAAUUUUUUCAAAUGGCAAAAUCGGUAUAAUCCAAAAAAUAUAUAUAUAAUGGUUUCAUGAGUUGUCUUUUGUCACUGUAUCAAUUGAUGUAUUCGUAUGCAUUCAUUGUGAUUUUUGUUCAGAAGAAUUAAGGUAUAUUCAAAGGUACGCAAGGAAACACUCAUCUAAUUUCAACUUUUCAGACUUUUUUGGUACUUUUUAAUUUAUUUAACAGAAAUAAAACCAUGUAUAAAGCUAA